AUGGAUGUAUAUGAAGAGGAACAAGCAAUACAUAAGCAAUCUGCAGCUGAUAAAACAAGACUACCACUGGUGUCCACUGAGAACAAGAAUGGAGCCACUCGUUCGAGGUACAGGUCAUCGUCCCCCACGAAACGCUGGACACCAUCAACCUCAACUCAUGCAACAUCAGCAAAGAGGGUUAUAUCGGCUGAAAGGAAUCGCCCCUCUAGACCGUCAUCACCUCGAUCUCCCUCAACCCCAAUUCAGGAUACAUCUGCAGAACUGUUGUUGGCAUCAAGAAAGGUAGUUGGCAACAAGAUGCCAGAGGCCUUAUGGCCUUCAACAACGCGGAGCCAGAAUGUUUCUUUACAGCCUGAUACAUUUUUUAGUCCUAUUAGUAAGAAAGAAAAACCAGUUUCUUAUAUUCCAGAGAGGAAGCAAACUCCACUUGAAGGUAAGAGUUCUGCUGAUCAAUCUGAGAAUUCUAAACCUGUUGAGAGUCUGUAUCCGCGUAUGGUGGACCAGCAUCGAUGGCCAAGCACAAUCCUAAGCACAAGCGCAUUCAUUCUUACUAGAGGUAUUGAUGUUGCUGAUAAGACCAGCAAAACUCCAUCUUUAUCCCGUCCGGAAACAGGUUCACCUUCCCUUGAGAGACUAUCCCUGGAUGGAACAUCUGAUCAUAACAGAAUCAUCGAUGUGGCUGACAAGACCAGCAGUCCCUCAUCUUUAUCCUCUUCCAGAACAGGUACACCUUCCCAUAGGAGACUAACUAUGGAUGUCAGUGCUGUGCUGAAUAGAAGUAUUGAAUAUCAAGAUAAGAAAAACAAAACUUCAUUGUCCCCAUAUGGCAAUGUUGUUCCAAGUACAAGCAUAGAUUUAGUUGAUAAGACAAGUAGAACUUCAUCUUUGUUCCAUCAGGAAACAAAUACUCAUUCAAUCAGGAGACUACCUCUGGAUGGCAGCCCUGUUCCAAAUCAAAGUGUAUAUUUAGUUGGCAGGAGUAGGACUACAAAAACUUUAUCUUCAACGUGUACAGAAACAGGUACACCUUCUCCCAGGAUAGUAUCUUGGGAUGAGAAAAGUAAACCUAUGGCCAAAUCUACCAAUGAAAAAGAAUUGGUUAAUGGGUGCUCAGUUGAUGAUUGUUCAACACCAAUUGCAAGGUCUGAUUCUUCAAGUUCAUCAGAUAGAACACAGAUGUCAAAUGCUGCCAUGAAACAUAUGGCUGCUCCAGCUCUUGGAUUGCUGUCUACUGUGUCUAAAUGGAUCGUUCCCUCUCGAGGAAAGGCUGCCAAUUCCUCUGGAGGAUCCAGUCCUGCUCGGAAAAGACCAUCCAGCCCUGCUCAGAAAAGACCAUCUAGCCCUGCUUGGAUAAGACCAUCCAGCCCCACCAGGAAACUUCAGAGUGCAGCUUCAGUUUUUAGUUUUUUUACAGAUAUCAAACAUGGAAAGAAGGCUAAGCACAUUGAAGAUGUCCAUAACUUGCGGCUUUUAUACAAUAGACUCUUGCAAUGGAGAUAUGCAAAUGCUCGGAGUGAUGAUGCAUUGCAAUCCCAGAAAGUAAAAACUGAGAAAGUGUUGUCCAGUGUGUGGGUGGAAAUUGUUGCUGUUUGGGACUCAAUAAUAGAGAAAAGGAUUGAGAUUCAGAAAUUGAAGCUCAAGUUGAAGCUUUACACUAUUUUGGACAAUCAAAUUUGUGGACUUGAAGAGUGGAAAUCAACUGAAGUGGAUCAUAUUAGCUCAUUAAGUUUGGCCAUAGAGGAUCUGCAAGCUGGCACAGUUCUUGUUCCGGUCAUGAGAGGAGCAAGGGGUAGCAUUCAAAGAAUCAAGGAGGCUGUAAGCUUGGCUCUUGAUGUGAUGCAGGCAAUGGGGUCCUCCUUACGUUCCGUUCUCUUGAAGGUCAAUAGGAUGAACUCCUUCGCGUCCGACCUUGCUGAUGUAGUAACAGAGGAAAGAGCUAUCUUUGGUGAAUAUGAAUCAUUGUUGAGCUCCAUAGCUGAAUUGCAGGUGGAAGAAUCCAGCCUAAGGAGCCAUUUACUACAGAUGAAAUGA